AUGGAGAGUACCACUUACAAGCUGAUGUUUUUAGUCCAAAGACUAAAUAUCAGUGUUGUGCUAGUUUCUGCUACUGCUAUAAAUGUUUCUGCUCAAGUUAACGUAAUCGCAAUGCUGAAUGGGAUGAAUUUUAAGGUUUGGAAAGAGAACGUGGAAAUCGUUCUCGGAUGUAUGGACUUAGACCUCGCGCUCAGGACAGAGCAUCCCACUGCUACUACGAAAAAUCCAAACGCGGAUAAAAUUGAGAAGUGGGACCGCUUUAACCGCGUGAGUCUAAUGAUCAUGAAAUGCUCCAUUCGGGAGGCGUUUUGGGGCUCUAUUACUGAGAGUACUAAUGUCAAGAAGUUCCUUAAAGAACUUGAGCAAUAUUUUGCCAAGAAUGAAAAGUUAGAAAUGAGUAACCUUCUGAAUAAACUCAUUUUCAUGAGGUAUAAGGCAAAGAGGAACAUAAGGGAGUACAUUAUGAAGAUGUCUAACAUCACUGGGAAACUGAAGGCACUAAAUCAAUUUAAGGUGGGCUAUAACAUCCAAAAGGAAAAAUGGACUGUUAAUGAGCUCAUAUCAUAUUGUGUGCAAGAAGAGGAAAAGCUUCAGCGAGAUAAGACUGAAAGUGCUCACUUGGCAUCAACCUCUCAGAAUAAGAACAAAAAGAGAGCUAUGGAUGCUGCAAAAGGAAAGACUCUCAUUAUGGUUGCCUGUGGAGUCGACUGCCAAAUGAUGCUGAAAGAUUCAUCCUCGUGUGAAAGAUUCAUCCUCGUGGGCGAUGGCAAGAAAGUUCUAGUUAAAGCUAUCGGAACAUUUAGAUUAUUGUUAAAGACUGGUGUCUAUUUGGAUUUGAUUGAGACUUUUGUUGCACUGUCGUUUAGACAAAAUUUGGUUUCUAUUUCUAGUUUGGACAAAUCCGGUUACUUUUGUUCCUUCAGAAAUAAUAAAGUUAGUCUUUCUCAUAAUUCAAAUGUUGUUGGCACUGGUUCCUUAAUUGAUAAUCUUUAUAUGCUUGAUAUUGUUACUUCUGAUAAUGAAAUUUUGCACACUAGUGCACGAGACGAUUAUUCAAGAUACGGUUACCUAUACUUUAUACAUGAGAAGUCACAGUCAGUGGACGUUUUCAAGGAAUUCAAAGCCGAAGUUGAACUUCAACUAGGCAAGAAAAUUAAGGCUGUCAAAUCAGAUUGUGGUGGGGAAUACUAUGGUAGAUAUGACAGAUCAGGUGAACAACAUCCAGGACCAUUCGUUAUCUUCCUAAAACAAUGUGGAAUCGUCCCGCAAUACACAAUGCCGGGCAAACCUAGCAUGAAUGGUGUUGCUGAAAGACGAAACAGAACUCUUAAAGACAUGUUUUACAAUCCCACUACUAGGUCCUUCUCCAGGACAGGAAAUGCGAGAUUUCUUGAGGAUGUCGAGUUUGGGGGAAAAGAUAAAGUAAGGAGUGUAGUCUUUGAGGAAGAAGACUUUGUUUCUCUUCCCAAUAUUGCUAUUGUCAAUGAUCAGGCUGUAAUACCUGCAAUUGUUCAAGAUGUAACUCUGGAACAAGACAACAAUGAGGUUCCCUAUGCAGCACCUAUAAAGCAAACUCAACAACCUUAA